GAACUUCACAAUAUUUUUGCAAAUCAUGGCCAGACUGGUAUGGGUGCUCUUCGGGGACGCACUAUGGUACAGAUAAAUACUAGUAAUAGCUUUAGAAAUCCUUCAAUUGCCUAUGACUAUGCAAAUACUGCUAGGGGUGAACCUAUAGGAGACUUUUACUCAAAACUCUUAAAAUAUAGAAAAAUGCUUAAUUUUGAUGAGCAACAGAUUAAGAGACAAUUUCUAAGAGGUUUUUCUCCAGACUUGGAGGAUGAUGCAGAAUGUAUUG